AAAAGUAAAGAAAAAAUUAAUAAAUCGCAUUAAAAUUCUAACAAAAAAAAAAAAAAAAUAAUAAUAAGAAAAUUUGAGUGUAAAUCAGUACAUUUUAUUGAUCUUAAUGUGCUAAAAGAAAUAUAAAAAUAUUUGAGAAUACUAAGAAAAGCCCAGUGAUUCAAACUAGUUUUUUAAAAAAGCUUGUAUAAAUUUAAAAAUAUAAGUUAUAACAGACACACAGCUGCAUAAAAUAUAUACAAAUUUAAUUCGAAAAAAUUAAACAUUUCUAAAGUGUUGAACACGUACUUAUAGCUGGAUACUAAAUAUAUAAAUAUUUGUAAUUAGUUGACUUUAAUCACUUGACAGCGUUUAAAACAAACACGAAUAGGCAGUUAACAACUUUGGAUUAUUACUUGAAAAAGAUUUACGCAGAAUUCGCUUAAUACGGUUCGUAGCACAAAAAUAAGGCAAAAUGGCUGCCAUUAUGAAGACGUCCACUUGCGACUUUGCUGGUCAGAGCGUUAAUGCUUUCCCGUUAACGACAUACGCUGAAUGUGCACUUGCAAUCUAUAACAACAAUAACAACAACAACACUGUGAACGCAGCUAUUAAUAACAAUUUGAACAAAGAUGAGGCCACCGCCAAUGCAAACAGCCGCGUUGCAGCCGAAUAAUGAGUUGCAUAAGGACACACACAUACAGCAGAGGCAUAUACAGCAACUACAGCAACAACAACAACAACAACAGGAACAACAAUUUCCACUACAUUUAAGGCAGCAGCAGCAAUACCAACAACAACUACAGCAACCACAAACCACUCCACUAACACAACUACAUCAGUCAAGUUACGAGACAACAGUCGCGGCGACAACGCAACACACGCAACGUGGCAAAUACUAUUUUGAGCAGCAGGACUUUCAAGUUAAUAAACCGCUGAAUUUUGUUGCAACCUCAACAACUGCAGCAGCGACAGCGUCCGUUAAGGAGGUGCGACGCAACUCUAGCGCUUACCCGGCGCCAACAACAGCAGCCGACGGCAAGUGCUGGCAGCAGGAGCAAUUGGUGCAACGUCAACACGUGCCGGCACAGCCGCAGCAGCAGCAACAGCCACAAUUGCACGCGCAACCGCAACGCGCCAAUCUUGAUUGCAUACAACUGCUGGACUUGAGCACUUCACCGCCGCAUGAACCCGUCUAUCCGCUGCAAGGCAACCUCUCGACAUACUUGCCACCACAGCGCCCCCUAGUGGAGGCACCAGCCUCAUAUCGACGCGCAUCUGCAACUAGUAUUGCACCAGUGCCAACACAUCGCGCCUCUUACGCCAGCCAAUACUCGCGUUCGUCAUCGAGUGAGGACGGUUCUAUCGGCGGCGGCAGUUCAGCCCCUUACGUGAACUCCUCCUUAGCACGCGGUGGCACAAACAGUGCAUUCGACGACGCGGCUGAACAUUUCAUAAUCAACUUCCCAGCCGCAGACUCACCGUCGCAUAAUCAGAACGAUUGCGCUAUCAAUUUGCCACUCUCCGAGACCGAGCCAUUGCUAACGAAUAUCGAGUCGACGGUUGCGGCUAAGCAACGCUCGAUACGUUUGCCAAAGAGUAGCGCUUCAUUGAUAUUCACAAAGAAGGAUCUGUUACCGCAACGGAAUGCGUCAGUAGCGCCCCAACCAGCUGUAGGCAAUACGACGAAUAAUAAUUGUGCGACGCAACAGCAACAACAAACGAAACAAAAUAAACGCAAUCAACCGAAACAACAACAACAACAACAAUUGUUGCAAUACAGUCUCAGCUUGCGUACAGCUAACGAAUACUCGGCACGCAAACCCGUCAAGCAUUUGCCGGCUUCAUAUCAGGAAACUCAGCAACAGCAACAACAUUCGCAGCAGCAACAACAUUCGCAGCAGCAACAACAUUCGCAGCAGCAAAGACGUAGUUUGCAAUUGAAUUACAACAACAACAAUCUGCUCACCACAUCCGCUUGUUGCGGCACGAACAAUAAUUAUUGCAACAACACAACGGCCAAAGCGGUGAGAGGUGCUCCCAGUGGCGUUGUGAGCGUUGGCGCCAAAAGUGUUGGUGCUGUUUUGCAUAAACGUCAUCAGUCGAGCGUUGGCUUGAGUUCUCAAACAGCUGCUACGGUAGCCACGACAACAAUUCUGCCAACAACUGCCAAUCUCAUUCCACAACAACAACAACAACAACAACAGCAGUCACAUCCCCAACCAGUACAAAGCAAUACAAACACGGCUGCAACAACACGUAAGCAACACGCGUACUCUUGGUACGCUCCGGUCUAUAGUGCGCUUGAGGAGGAACUGGAACAAGAUUCUAGGGAUUCCUCGCCCAUUCACAAUCUGGCCAAUACAAAGAAACAACACCAUUACCAACACCAGCGGCCCACACACAACUCCUCAACGGCGGCGGACAAUGAGACAGUUGCGCUGUUAGAGACGCGCAACCAAGUCAACAUUCAAGCACAGCUGCAUGCCGUGCAGGCCAAUAGCCACGCCCGCACGGGCAAAGAAGGCAACCUCGGCGGCAAUAGCCACGGUGUUGGCAUUGGUGUCGGGAAACAGAAACACGGCAGCCAAACGCGACGUACAAACGGUGCUGCACCACAAGCACCAACCACACUGUCGCUGCCGAACUCGCACAAUGCCGCAUUGCAGAACGAAAUGGCCGGCGGUGAGAGUAAAACAGAGUCAGCAACAGCGCCGGUGAAUGGUUACGAUGGCGACGGCAGUUUGGUGAACUCCCUAAGUGGCACAUUGCCGCCACGUAGGCGUAUAGAGAAUUUCUUGAAAUCGCUGGUGGGUCGUAAGACGUCGAACGCGCGCAACAAUAGUGGCAACACGGCAAUUGUGGAGCCUGUAGUGCCCUGCCGCGCCGAGAAUAUUGUAUCGCAACAGCCAAUGCCCGCCUCGCCGGAGAUCACUAUAACGCGCACUCCAUCCGAGCAAAAUUUGGUGCUUUUACGUGAUAGCUCGUUGCGCGGUCGACCGUCGUACAAGCAACAGUUGGCAGCGGCAGCAGUAAUGCAAGAGCAGCGCAAAAGCGAUUUCGGCGCCGAUAAAUUAACUGUGAAUGGUGCAAUACAAGGCAGCACUUCGUCACUGAAUGUGGUGCAACAAAAGUUGUGGAAUAUGAUGCGGCGCGAGGGUAGCGCGGCCAGUUUGUACAAUGAGAAAUCGCAUUCGAUAGUACAGUACCGCGGCCUGCGCAAAUGUGAGACUGUAUUGGCGUUGACGCGGCAAACGAACCCCCUGUGCUCGCCCAUUUUCGGUGGCAGUGCGGCAGCGCAAGUGGGUGCUGGUGGCAUUGGUGGAGGAAAAUAUGGCGGUGGACUUGCUGGCAAUGGCAGCAAUAUUGGCGAAAGUGGUGUUGCGCGACAUAAUAGUUGCAGCGCCGGCGGUGGUGGUGGCGCUGGCGUUGGCGGCAUGCGACGUACACAAACCACCGGCAGUGGCAUUUUUAGCGCCAGUGGCGUCGAGCAAAUACGGCCAUUGAAUCGACUGCGCAAUAGCGUGACGAGCGUGAAUGCGUGCGCGACGUGUUCGCGUUGUUCGAGUUUGCUAUCACUGGCCGCUUCGGGUUCGCGUUACUCGCUUAAUGUGGCAACGAAUGGUGGGGCAUUCACAGCGGCGCCCAGCACACAAAUGCCCACAUCUGCAUCACAACAACAACUGCAAGCGCUCGCCGCAACGCUCGAUUGCAAGCCGCCGCCACAUUCAUCACAACAUCAUCAACAACAGCGCGAACGUAAAAUUAGUAAUGUAAGCAGUAGUCAACCGUUAAGUAGUAAUAAUAAUACUAGUAGUAAUAUAUUAUGUAGUAUUCGUAAUGCUGAGAACACUGUCGACGAGCAGAAGGUCGCCGGCGCUGGUGGUACCGGCAACAGCAGUAGUAGUGGUAAUUGUUCCCGUAAAAGCUCCGCCGGUGCGCCGAGUACAGAUAGCGCAAGCAGCAUUACACCGCCGUCCAAUGUGACCACGGCUACGCUCACCUCAAGCAUCACAUCGCCGCACAUCGCCAGCACACCCACCACGCCCGUAGCUCUGGCGCCACGCACAAUGGCACCACAAGAAAUACUAGUUAUCACACCCACCGCCCAUGCGCCGCCUCAUCUGCAGACCCGAUCGGCUAUCUCGUCCUACACUGCAAGCAACACUCAUAGCCGAAGUCACAGCCACAGCAACAGCAACACCUCAGGCAUACUCAUCGAUCUGCCAUCAUCACCGAACUCACCGACCUCCGUCGCCGCCACGGCAGCCAGCGCUGCUACUCCCUCUUCGACGACAAGCACACCCUGCUCUUCUGCUUCCUGCUCAUCGAUCACUUCACCCGCCACCAAUCACGGUGCUUUGCCACCGACAACAUCACAAACAUAUCCCUUUACCAUAACAUCGAUGUUGGCGUUGUCAAAAGCAGCACAGGCAGGCGUUGGUGGCGGAGCGCAGUUGGAGGAGGAUGACGACGAUGCUACUAUGGCUAUUACGCUAUCGCCAGUGGCUAAUGCAUCAGUAGACUCUACUGAUGGCCGACACUACGCUGCAUAUGCAACAACAACGAACGCAGCGAUGGCAGCUCAACAAUCAUCGAAACGUUUUGAACCAUUCACAUGCAAACUGUGUCUGGUCGAUGUCGAAACGAGUGAGGAUGCAACAACGCUACAGCAAUGCGGCUGUGAAUUCUGCACUGAGUGCAUGAAAGCUUAUGUGGACUUUGAAAUAACCGAAGGCGCUUACGAGAUCUCGUGUCCCGAUGCCCAAUGCCCGGCGCAAGGUAUUAUGACACUACACGAAAUCGCUAAUCUAACGACGAUUAAUUUAAUGAAGAAGCAUCAUCGAUAUCGACUCAAUAAAGAAAUCGAAAUGGAUAAGACGCGCACCUGGUGUCCGCGUGCGGGCUGCGAAACCGUGUGUCUCGUCGGUGUUGGUCCACAUUCCGAUGCUACACCAUCCACUUCGACUGGUGGCGGCGGUGGCGCUGGUAGCGGCGGCGCGACACACACAGCAACAUUCACAGACAGUCAUGGCAUGCAACAGCCACUCUGCGCCGUACAGUGUCCAUCGUGUAAAGAUGAAUUUUGUUCGGCCUGUAAAAAGGCGUGGCAUCCCAACAUGACUUGCGAGGAGAAUAGUCGUCGCUUGGUGGCAGAUGGUCAGGACGACAUUGGUAUACCCUUCGACAAUGACCUCAUCAAGUGUUGUCCCAUGUGUGCUGUGCCCAUCGAAAAGGAUGAGGGUUGCGCGCAGAUGAUGUGUAAACGUUGCAAGCACGUCUUCUGUUGGUACUGUUUGGCCAGUUUGGAUGACGACUUUCUGUUGCGUCACUACGAUCGUGGCCCAUGUAAAAAUAAACUCGGACAUUCCCGUGCCUCUGUCGUGUGGCAUAGAGCGCAAGUAAUUGGCAUUUUUGCCGGUUUUGGUAUAUUAUUAUUGGUCGCCUCGCCGCUAUUACUAUUGGCAGCACCCUGUAUUAUAUGUUGUAAAUGUCGUAGUUGUAGCGGCGCAAGAAUCGAUGAAGGUGAUGCCGAAAUUGACGAAGCGACAGCGUUACAAAGUCUUUAGAAGGCACCAGCGAAGCGUCAACAAGAAUUUCGACCUAAAAUCUAAAAAAAAA